AUGUGGUCGUACGUGUUCCGAUUUCUUCUUACCUUCUUCGUGCCAACUGUUCUUGCAUAUGACUCGAGCAUCUUUUCAAAUGUUCGCUUCAAGAAUAUUGUAAUUUUUGGCGAUUCCUACACGGAUACUGGAAAUGUUUACAAGAUAUCUCAUCGUACAUGGCCAUUAUCACCUCCUUAUUUCUUCGGACGAUUCUCCAAUGGUCCAAAUUGGGUUGAUCAACUGAAAGUGUUCGGUGUGAAUAAUUAUGCCUAUGGAAGUGCAACAACUGACAACAAUUUUGUUCAAGGCUAUUCUAAGUUCAAGACACUUCCUGUUCCAGGUAUUCGACAGCAAAUUGCCACGUUCUUAAGUCGUUCGGAUGUCGCUAACUUUGACUUUACACGAACUCUCUGUAUUCUUUGGGGUGGUGGUAAUGAUUUUAUUUUCAAUUCAUCUUUAACACCACCAGCCAUUGCAGCCAGUCUGCUAAAUGGUGUUCAAGAUUUACUCACUCAUGGUGCUAAACACAUUCUUGUCUUCAAUCAAAUUCCAGCUGAAUACAUUCCACUCAGUUUAACAAUGGCGCCGCCAUCUGUUUUAAAUUAUCUUACAGCAUUGUUCAAUAAUGCAUUAACAACCGGUUUGACCACAAUUCAACAAAACAACACACAGGCAGCAUUGAAUCUGUUUGAUAUUCAUUCACUGAUCACUAAAGUUGUCACUAGCAAAUCGGAAUACUUUACCAACACAACAGCUAAUUGCUGGAAUGCAGUCAAUGCAACCACAAUUGUGAAGCUUUGUGAUAAUCCUGAUAAAUACGUUUUCGUCGAUACUAUACACUUCACCAGCCGUGUGCAUGGAUUAAUCGCUGAUGCUCUUCGCCCAUUUCUUCUAACAUCGUAUGCGGUCAAUAGUGCUGGAUGCUACGUUCAUUAA